AUGGCACGGGCAUAUCAGGUAGCUCGCCGCGACGAAAAGGGCGAGCCGCUGGGCCGCGAGGAGCUCACGGCCGAGGCACUAACCCAGCUCACCGCCGGCUCGGACACGACCUCCAACUCGUCCUGCGCGCUGCGGCACUUCCCGCCCGGGACGACGCUCAGCGUGCCGACCUACAGCGUCCACCACUCGCGGGAGAUCUGGGGGCCCGACGCGGACGAGUUCCGACCCGAGAGGUGGGAGGAGGUCACGGAGUGGCAGAAGAACGCGUUGAUCCCGUUCAGCUACGGGCCGCGGGCUUGCAUCGGGCACAAUGUUGCUGAUGUGGAGAUGGCUUUUGGGUGAUUGAGAAAAAGAAAAGUGAAGAAAUAAAAUUGAAGAUGAAAAUAAAAAGGAAAAAGAAAAAAAUACAACGAACAAGUAUAGAUAAUCACGUGGACUUUUAAUCUCGUCCCGGAACGGAUACGAGGGGUUGGCGAAUCAAUACAACGGAGCAGGUACCAGCGACAAGGCGCGUGGCUCAACUCGCGUCUGACGAGAGACCCUGGCACGAAGUACCGAUACUUAAGCUUACCGUGCGGUUGUG